AUGAAAUAUACUUUAUAUAUAGUUACUCAUUUAUAUGUUUACAGUAAUUCGGUAGCCUCUAAGAUUAUGGCUAAAUAUGGGUAUAAAGAAGGUCAAGGUUUAGGUAAAAAAGAACAAGGAAUAAGUACAGCGUUAUAUGUAGAGAAAACUAGUAAACGUGGUGGAAAAAUUAUACAUGAAAAAGAUGUUCCUAAAGUACUCUUAUCUAUAUCAUACAUUAUUUCAGAUAUACCAAAAGAAAAUACACCAAAUACUAACUUAUUACGCAAUCCAUCUAAAGUUAUAUUAUUACGUAAUAUGGUGGGACCUGGUGAAGUAGAUGAGGAUUUAGAACCAGAAACAGCAGAAGAAUGUAGUAAAUAUGGUAAAGUGUAUAAAUGUGUUAUAUAUGAGAUGCAAGAAGUAGAGGAAGAUGAAGCUGUUCGUAUAUUUGUAGAAUUUGAGAGAAUGGAAUCGGCAAUUAAAGCAUUGGUAGAUUUAAAUGGAAGAUAUUUUGGAGGUAGAACUGUUAAAGGAGGGUUUUAUAAUCUAGAUAAAUUUAGACGCUUUGAUCUAGCAGAUCCUGUGGAUUGA